CUGAUGAUCAUAUAACAGUUGACAUCUAUUAUCUACACAUUAUUUCAUCAGAAAACCCUAAUCCUCAAGAUUGUUAUCAUGGGGAAACCCUCACCUCGUCUCGGCGUCAGCGAUGAUGCCGUCUCCAUGCGCACUCAACCCGGCGAACACUCACACUCCGUUCCACUUGAUGGCACUCUAGAUACCGAUGCCCCAGAGCUGGACAUUGACGACCUCCCGCCCCUCUACGACGAAAUCAACGCCUCGGGAAGCAGUAGUAGUGCUCCUCUUCUCCCUUCUGGCGCACCACCCUAUAUCAACCACCCACACAACAUACUUCCUCCCGGAGACUGGGUGAACCACUACAAAAGAGACGAGCCCACCGGCACCGAACUGUACCUCGACUCGCGCCUGGACCACGACCCCAAGUUCCUCCAAAAGCACAUCGAGCUAUGGUCCAAACAGCCACCCCGGCCUUUUGUCCGCAUCCACGGCACACACAAGCGCCGCAGGGACAUAACUGACCCUCAAAAUGGGCGUCGUAAGAACGACUCGGAGGAAGUUACGGACUUUGACCUGCACAUCGAGCUCACCCCCUACCUCUACUCGGACCCUGUCUCGCAAACCUCUCUCAUGCAGCUGCGCACCGCCGAUAACGACGAGAAAGUUCGGCGCGGCACCGUCCUCCGCAAGCGUGCGCCGGGGGCUAAUCGCCAUAUCGAGGUCGGAUUAGCCGAGAAGCCGACGCUGGCCGAGUGGUGCCACCGCUAUUGCGCCAGCCACGCCGGACUGAAAUGUCUGACGCUGCAGCGGCGCGUGGUUGGGUUCGACGACAAGAAAAUUGUGCAGAAGCUGACGGACCUGGUGCGCGCCACCAACUACCGCGGCAGUCUGGAGAUCAGUUUCCCCAAGAAGGACGAGUAUGUGCAUGUGUACAACGAUUGCGAGACGAACCGGUGGCGGACGACGCGAUGGAUCAUCUGGCUGUGCAUAUUCAGCCUCAUGUUUAUCUUUACGUGGCCGUAUUUGUUUUUCCGGACCAAGAGGUUCGAGACCGUGUUUGCGGACUGGCACUUUUCGGUCAUGGGCGCGGAUGGACAGAGGAAGUAUACCAGCAUCAGCGAGGACCAGUGGUAUAAUAUGUGGGGACGGGCUAUCCAUCGUGCGGUCAUGGAGAAGAGGCAGUGUACCCUCGAUCAACAGGACUUGCUGAACAGCCAGGAGGGCCAGCAGGAGACUUUUGGCCAUCCUGUGGUGGACGGAGUGGCGAACUUCGUCAGGGCAGGUGUUAAUGCCAUGAAUGCGGUGAACCGCUCGCUGGGUUGGGGUUAUGAUGAAUUCUGAGGUGUUGUUGAUUCCUGACAACGGCACUUUUCUACGAUUAACACGAAAAAAGAGGGUGCCCGGCCUUGGUCGGGCUGUCCAUAGCCCCCUUUCCCUACGAUACGGCGACCGGCUAUAAACCGUUGAGGAGGGAACAGUGAAGGUCAUGGGGGGCGCUUGAUUACUGUUCCAUCAUUAUUUUGGUUAUCAUUUCCCAUCUUCUGUUGGCUUUUGCC